AUGGCAACGAGACGUUAUACGGAUCCUGUCUACCUUCAAUUUAUAUGGGACGCACUUGAAGCUCCUACGGCCGGCAGACCUUACACCUUUGAAUGCAUAUUUGACUUCGUUCGAACGGAAAAGGAUCCUAAAUGUAAUCCUGGUAAACUUCGCCAGGAGCUCGCAAACUCCGUUAGGGAUAGGUGCAUAUCGGUAAAUGGUGGUCAGUACAGAAAGACAGACUGGUCUGACUUACCUACCAAGGGCAAGCAUGAUUGCAGUUGGUCUUUUCGUCCAUGUAAAGUCCUUCACGAGAGCAGCGACGGCUACGAGGUGAUCUGCUUUGAUGGCAGGCGAGAGCGUGAGUUCAUUCCCUCACACAGCGCCGUAGACAUGAACUUCACCGCCUCCGAACUGGGUUUGCGUAUGACGGCUUCUUUAAAAAAGGCCCUCGAGGAAGCUGAACGAUACAAAAAGAACCAAAUGUUGAGGUCGUCGGGCAAAGAA